CACACACACACACACACGGUAGCUGAACACGCUUCCUCCGCAGCCAAUUGUGUAGAAAACACUUGUAUUAAUGUUUUCUAAAGUAAAUUACACGUGUUGUUGUGUUUGUUGACACUUGUUUGUCGUCGUGUUUGGCUCACGGUGAGCUGACCUACAGCUGUUCGCCAUAAUUAAUUAGAUUAACAGCGCGUUGACGUUCACUGUCCUUCCACCACAGUUUGGCUUGUUGUUGAGAGGAUAAAGAUGGAGUGGCGCCAGCAGACCAGUGUCAGCUGUGCAGACGCUUUCACCGAGGCUCAACGCUGGAUUCAGGAGGUGACUGGAAAGUUGUUUGGGUGCAGUGACUUUCGCGCUGCCUUAGAGACUGGAGUCCUGCUUUGCGAUCUGAUCAACCAUUUGAAACCUGGCAUCAUUAAGAAAGUGAAUAGACUUUCUACACCCAUCGCUGGCCUGGAUAACGUGAGCGUGUUCCUGAAAGCCUGCGGGAAACUGGGACUGAACGAGUCAAAGCUUUUUCAUCCUGGAGACCUGCAAGACCUGUCCACUCGCGUCACACUCAGGCGAGAUGAAAGCAGCAGAAGACUCAAAAAUGUUCUGAUUACAAUCUACUGGUUGGGCCGCAAAGCUCAGCUCGACUCCUCCUAUAGUGGUCCUCAGCUGAACUUCAAGGCCUUUGAGGGACUGUUAGGGUUGGCUUUGUCCAAGUCCCUGGACGAGGGCAGUAGCGUUUUAAUAAAAGACGACUGGCACCUGGAGAGGGAGGAGCCCCAGCGCGUGAGACCGAGCUACAGGAGACAGAACUCUGUGGACGAUGACGCCAUGGACUCCCACGCACGCCAGACAAACAGUGAAGGUUGUGGGAGUGAUGCGGAAGCUGAGCAGGUCUUCAGAAUGGCGUCGUUCCAUCAGAACAAAGGCCACGUCCCGGCGCCGCUGCUGCGAAGAAAACAAGCACAAGUAGAGAAUGGAAGGGGCUGCACCAGUCCCAUCGCCAGAGUGUAUGAAAACCAAGUCAGGCCUGAGAGACCAGUUCAGGUCAACCCUGGCUGGAUUUGGAGCAAAUCACUCAGCGACAUCCCGAUGGUUUACCCCGUGCGGAAACUUCCUAAAGACAACGGCACUGGCGAUGUGGAGCAGGACGCUAACGCGGCAAGAGAGUGGAAUAAAGAGAACACGCAGAAGAGCAAUGUUACUGCCAAGGACAGUGAGGCUCAGUGGCAGGAUGACUUCACAAAGUGGAAGAAUCGUCGCACGAGCUUCAAGUCUGACCUCCGCAGGAAGUCACAAGACAGAGAGCACGUCAUUAGCCAGAUGACCAAUGCGGCCGUGACCAACUUUGCCAAGACUGACUCAUUAAAGAGAGACCAGCAGUCGCCACGGAAGAAUAACACCUGCCCCCCGUCUUCACUCCGCCCUACGUCAAAAUCACCAAGCUCUGUUCUGCGACCUCACACUCGAGCUCUGCUGGCCCGCAGCUACGCCACUGAGGCGCCAUUCUCCCCCACGGCUUCAACUGUUCCCUAUAAUUCAACCCACACACAGGGAUCGUCACUUGGGGCCAUGCCUGCUUCUGAUGCGAUCAUCUUGGGGGAGGACGCCCACUAUUCCUCCUUGGCCUCAGGCCUCAUAAAUUCAGCAGUUACCACUCCUUCCCCUGACUACCCUUUUAGCUCACAGACUCAAGUCAAAGUCCAGGGUAGCGCGGCUCCUUUCUUGCCCACACCUGAACUGGCUCGGCCCGAAACUGUUUUUUCAAGCCAAAUUUCCACCCUGGUCAUGACGUUGAAUCACAAGGAAAUUCCACUCUGCCAUCAUCCAAUAUCUUCCGUCAUUUGUCCUGACACAGUUAAUCAGACAGCAGCUGUUACGCCAGUGGAUAUGUCCCACCAGAACCCCAAGUCCCAGGAAGAGGAGAGCCACAAGAAAACUUGGGAACCAUUUGUGGGGAAAGAUAAAGGCGACCAGGCGGCAGGAGUCCACAAGUACUUGUCCAGAGCUGGGACGUGGUCAGGCUCAGCCAGUCUGCCCCGUGGAUUCCGACGGUCUGAGGGCUCGUCGCGUCUCUCGUCUGCGAUCACAGCCAGACCCUAUGGAACAAAGCCGUCAAGGGUGUCGUCACUGCCGAGAGUGUGCACUGUGGAUGACAACUGUGGUUUGCUGUUGAAUUGUGACAACGGAGAAUCUCUUCCUUCACCCACCAAAUCUUUGCUGAAAAGGCAGUCUGCCGCGAGUCAUCUGAGGAGUCAGUACGAGGCUUGGAUCCGAGAGAAGAAAGACAACCAGACGAAGCAGAAUGGCAAGCAGCAGGAGGAGGAGGAGAAUAAAGUGGCCGCUCUCUCCAGCCAGGCCUUCAACACCAACAGAGAUGACCAUCAUUCCUCCAUCCAAACCCAGCCACGACCGCAACCCAAUUCAAACUUCAAGUCAAACCAUCACUACAAAAGCUCAGCUCUGCCUUCUACAAAGGUGGAUCACAGUAACAUGAGGGUGAGCCUCACACUCAAACCCCACAGCAGACCAGACUUUGGUCUUCAAACUCACUGGGACUCCGCAGGCGUGAGAGUAAAAUCUGUUCAACCCGGCAGUCCAGCAGAGCUCUGCCAGCUGUGUGUGGACGAUGAGAUCGUGGCGGUCGAUGGCGCGGCGGUGGCACUCCUGAACUACGACCAGUGGAAGGAUAAAAUGACAUCUGCCCUGCAGAGCGGCAGUCUAACGAUGGACAUACGACGCUAUGGCAACAAGGAUUGGAGCAGCACUGAGGGGAGUCAUCACGCCCAGCCAGGCCACGGCCGGGUGACCCUCAAUCUGACCGCGGCGGCACCUGUGCUGAGAGGUUGUGCCGAUCACCAUGCCAACAGCGCCGCCUCCACAGACCCCGCAGUCGCCCAAGCGUUGAAAUUCAACGGGCAGGCGGACAAUGUUGUACAAGAUACAGUCAUGGAUGGAGGGCUUGUAGACAACCACAGGAAGACGACCAGAAGUAAAGAUUAUAGUAAAAUUGUUAUGAAAAAUCAGGAAAGGAGGGCAGAGUUUUUCAAACAUGAAGGAGGCUCAGAGUCUGCAAUAUCUGAUCUUCAGGUGCCAUCCCUCAGCCCCGCCUCAUCCAGCUCGUUGUGGGACCGCGAGGAGGAACGACGGCGUCAGGAGAAGUGGCAGGAAGAGCAGGAGCGCCUCCUACAGGAGCAAUACCAGCGAGAUCAGGAGAGGCUUGAAGCCGAGUGGCAGCGGGCACAGCGAGAUGCAGGGGGGGACGCGUGCAGACAGUCACAGCAGAACAGCGGUUCCGUCGGCACACACCUGCAGGUGAACACACAGACUCACAAAGCCAGCGAGAAAAAACAGCCGACACCUGACAGAGAUGAGCCGAAAGAAGACGCGGGAUCCAAACCCAUGAGUGACGUUCAUGCACGUGGACGUCAGAGUGACAAGAACACGGAACAUGACUGGGCUGUGGAUUCUUGUGGCUUUGCUCAGCUGUCUCCUGCGCACAGGGCAAAGUCUCUGUCCACCUCAGCAUUAGCCGGCUGCCACAAACAGAAAAGAGGUGAUCAGAGGAAAACCAAAGCGGCACAGUCGCUGUCUAAGGUGGAGCUGGAAAGGCAGCAGAUCUUGGAGGAGAUGAAGAAAAGGACCCAGCUCCUCACCGACAACAGCUGGAUACGUCAGCGCAGCGGCAGCUUCUACAAGGAGCCGGUCGGUGUCGGGGCUCCGCUGAAGAGGUACGAGUCUCUGGACUUCCUGGAUACUCUGCGCCAGUCCCCGGUCUCGGCAGCCACGUUCGGUCUCCCGCGUCCACACUCUGCGGCCGCGGGUUACUGCGCUCCGAGCAGGAACGCGUCCUCCCGCUACAGCACCGGAGGAAUUUCCUCCCGGAAACAUGCUGCAUCCAUGGACGUGCCUUAUCACGGCAACAGUGUGUGGUCCGCCUCCGACAUCUCAGAAGAACGGAAACUGGAGCCCAGGUUUGACACGAGAAGCCCCACUGUGAGCUCUGCCGUGUCCCACUCCAGUACACCUGUGUCGCCUCUGUGUGACCAACACGCUGUACUCCAGAUUACAGAGUAAGCAGCCGGAAAACCUUUUGGAAACAAAGUGGAAACACCGUCCACACGGCCAAGCUGUAAAAGUCUGUGAUUAUGAAAUCUUGACACUCUGAAUCCACAUAGUUCCUUUUUUAUUUUGAGGAAACCUUUAGAUUAAUAUAUGAAAUAAAGUGGUAGUGUUUUAUUUUAAUGGUUGUCGUAUUAUCUCUGUGUUAUCUUUUGAUCUUUCCCUAAAAGUGCAUUAAAUGUCUCAGUUAUUUCAUGUUUUGGUGGCACAGUUUAAAUCUCGUACUGACGCACUCUGUUCUGUUGAAAUCUCAUCACCAAGAGCACAACUGGGGGGGGGAAAAUCAAUAGGUUAUUUAUGUAUUUGUCACGUUAAAAAAAUGGUUCUUAGCUGAAAUAUUUUUUCUAAAUAAAGUGCACUGAACAUUAGCUGCAGUAUGCAUUUGUUUGCUGUUCAUUUAUGCACCACAUGAUGGCGUCAUUGGUCUCAUGGUUAAAUAAAGGAAGGUGUUGAGGUCCUAACAUUAGAAUAAUGUGGAGACAUUUGCGAAAUGAUGUGUUUGGAAACAUUAAAACUGUGGUGGUGGUUGUGCAGCUUGAAAGAUGCGUCGUUUGCAUGUUUUACAACAAUACUGGACAAAGAACACACGGUAUUUUUGCCCUUUUUAUUUUAUCAUCACCAUCAAACUUUAUUAUACCAAUGUGGGGAAUUUGAUUGUUGCCAGGCGGAGGACACGUCAUAAAAUAAAUGAAGUACAUAAUACGACACGGUGAAAGACAUGCAAAUGCACGAUGACUAAAAAUGGAAAUGUGGAAUAAAAUGACUCGUUAAAGACAAAUUCAUUAGAAUAAAAUGAUAGAGUGAAGUUUAUAUAAUGUAUGAAAACUUCUCUGAUUAUAAAAUUGGCCUGAAUUCUCUGCAGUAAGAAACGGCAACAAUAAAAAAACACCUUUAAUAACA